AUGAACGCGCGAACUAUUGCGUUCGAACUGUCCAUGGAGGGACGUCAGGUCGACGAGGUAGUCGCCUGCAUCUUCCACACGGUCCUCUUUCACCGCUCCAGCGGCAAGUUCACUUACAACAACGAGGAGAGUUACUCCAUACGGACCGUGAGCUAUGUGGACGUCGACUGCGACUUUAUCGACUUCACAUACGUGUGCUGCGAGUCGGACGCUCUCGGGCGGAACGUGAAGCGAGAAAUAUCGGACUUCUCCGAGUUAUUGCGCGGCGCGGACUCCACGUCGGCCCCGCCUCGGGGCUCCAUAAGCCUCGAGUUCUUCCAAAAGCGGCGCGCGCGCUGGCCCUUCCAGCCUGAGUGCGUGCCCUGGGAAGUGUGGACCGUCUACUGCGAGCUCACCGAGUCGCGGAACGAGCAAGACAUGCACAGCAAACACGAGAACGUGGUGGAGAUGCUGCAAGAUAAGAUAGUGUUUAUCACGGAGAUCAUAAACCGGCACGAGUACGUGCCGAAGAUGCCGAGCCGCUCGGACGCCGAUCUCAUCUUCGACACUUCGUACUCGGACAUACAGCCCUACUUGUUUAAAGUUCACUACAACCUGUCGGGCGCGCCGCCCACGUCCGUCGGGAAUACGGUGCGCAAGCUCAUACGUGACACGCUCUCGUUGUGA